ACCGGGAUAGAACGGGGACUGAACUGGGACUGAACCAGGUCUGAACCGCGACGGAACCGGGACAGAACUGGGACUGAACCGGGUCAGAACGGGGACAGAACUGGGACAGAGCCGGGACAGAACCAGGACUGAACCGGGACUGAACUGGGACAGAACUGGGACUGAACAGUGACAGAAUCGGGGCUGAACUGGGACUGAACUGGGACAGAACCGCGACAGGACCGGGACAGGCUGGAGGAGAACGGAGGCACAGCCAGAACCACCAGGAGGACCGGGACCUACUGGGACCCCCAGUUUGGAACCAGGACGUGCUGGGAGCCGCGAGCAGGACGAUCCCGGCAUGGAGGAGGAGAGCCCCGUGGGUGCCACCUGCUCGGACCCGGACACCCCGCCCCUGUCCCCGCGUGAGGAGGAGGAGGAGGAUGAGGAGGAUGAUGAGGAGGACGGGGCCGGUGACACCGAGGACAUCCCGCUGCUGGCAGGGGUGGCACCGCGACAGCAGCGGCGACAGCGGCGCCUCGGCAGGGAGGAUGAGGAUGGCUGGGCUGCCACCAUCGCUGUCGCCGCUGUCCCCGCUGUCGCCGCUGUCGCCGCUGUCCCCGCUGCCAGCCCCGGGCCGGACGCGCGCAGCCCGGAUCUCUUCGAGCGCCUCCAGCACGCCGUCAGCUCCCUGGAACGCGCCGUCUUCUCUCGCCACCGGCGGCCACCGGCGUGGCCACUGCCCGCCCCGGGCUGGCACCGAGCGGUCAAGAGCCUGGAGGAGCUGAGCCGGACACCGCGCUGGGCUCGCCGCUGGUGGCCCGAGCUGGCGGUGACCCGGGGGCUACCGGAGGAGCUGGAGGCGGCCCAGGGGCUACCGGAGGAGCUGGAGGCGGCCCAGGGGCUACCGGAGGAGCUGGCGGAGGCCGCGGCGAGGAACGCGAGCCUGCGGGCAGCCCUGGGGCAACGGGACGAGGAGCUGGGCCAGGCCACGGCCGCGCUGCGGGCGCUGCGGGGCGAGCGGGAGCGGCUGCAGGGCAAGGUGCGGGACCUGCGGGAGGCUCUGGCCAGGCUGGAGGAGCCGGGGGGGGCUGGCAGUGACACCCCCGGGACCGGAGACACCCCCGGGAUCCACGACACCUCCGGGAUCGGCGGCACCCCCGGGACUGGUGACACCUCUGGGAUUGGUGACACCGCAGAGGUCAGCGACACACCCGGCGUCGGUGACACUCUCAGGACUGGCGACACCUUCGGGCUCGGCUCUGAACCCCAUGGGAUGGAGCCCCCCAGGAUAAAACCCCUCUGGCCGCACCCCCUGGCUCUGAACCCCUCUGGCCGCACCCCCGACGUGCGGCCCCUCUCCCGCCGUCCCCAGGCCCCGCUGUCCCCCCAGCGCUCGGCGGGGCCCAGCCCGGAGCAGGAGGAGCGGCUGCAGCAGCUGCGGGGGGUCCUGGCCAGGCUGCAGGACGCGAACCGCGAGCUGGUGGCCGCGCUGGGCGAGUGCAAGGGCGAGGCGGAGCGGCUGAGCAUGGAGCUGGGGCUGAGAGAGUCCCGCUGCAGCGGGCUGCG